AUGAACGCGGCCCGCAGUCUCGUCGGCUUCGCCGACCUCACAGUGGGACAGGCUGAUAACGAUAAGCUUCCAAUAGAUGAAGCUACCGCCAAAACAGCCUUAACCGGAACUGCUUACGUGAACUCAGUGUGCGCGGCGCUGAAGUCUACUGAAGUCUCUCCUGCACAGUCAGCCGCGCUUGAUGGCACCUACGCAUACGCUGUUCAAGACAGUGCUGACUGCGAAGCAGCUGUGGAGUACUGGAAAGAAGCCUUCCCCAACUUCAAGGGUCUGCCCCCGCAAUACACAGAUGGUGCAGAGCUAUACAAGAACCCUCAAAAUGUUUCCUUCAUUUCCCUCUUCAACCCGCAAGAAAACCCCAAAGUAGACUGCGCAUACUUCACCUGCCCAGCACAACAGGAUUCGAAGAAGCAAAAAAGUGAACCUGUCGAGGACGAAGAGGCAGAACCCCCUACAGAAGAAGAUUCACCGACCGUUGACGAAGGGGAGCCAGAUUCAAAUCCGGGCACGACAAACCCCAAAGUAGACUGCGCAUACUUCACCUGCCCAGCACAACAGGAUUCGAAGAAGCAAAAAAGUGAUCCUGUCGGCAACGACGGGACAGAUCCCCCUGGAGAAGGAGAUUUACCGAGCGUUGACGAAGGGGAGCCAGAUUCAAGACCGGAAGACGAGGAUGAGAGCACGACGGACAAAGAAGUGAAGGCUCUUCUUUGCGUCACCACCCCCAAUGCCCUGACGACCAACAAUGCCCCAUACACGCAAGUCCAAUGGGAUCAGAUCACCGCUGGAUUCAACAAAAACGCUGCGCCUGCAUUGUCUACGUUCCUUGGCUUCGCUGCAGUAGCAGUCAGCUGUCUUCUCCUGUGA